CUACUAAAUUUUUAUUUGGAAACUAAUUAAGUUUCACUACAUAUGAACUUGAUUAUCCGAAAUAAAGAUGGUUUGUAUGUUGACUGGAUCUUUUCGCACUUGGAGCGGAAACACUCGUACAGAACGGAACGAUUGUCACUCCCGAUCUGUCAGUCACAUCAUUUAUCAGCUGUUGAACGGGCGGGAAUCGAUGCCGCUUUCAUGCGCAUUUUUGUUUGUGCAAAAUAACGGUGAAAACGGUAAACUCUCGGUGUAGUAAUGCAUCGUCGAACGCGCCUUAGUUUGCGAUCCUCCUCAACGAACGAUAAAGAAAACGAUAAUGAACUGGCACAGCUACAAACAACGCCAAAAAAACGUCGAUCAAGAGUAUCGACGGCUGCAGCACACACGGAAGAACUAGAGGAUGAAUGUGUAAUUACUUCGCCGAAAAAAGCUGCCCGCGGUCUCCGUCGGCUGUCGGAUGUGCAAGAGUUAGAACAUGGAUCACAGCAGGAUGUUGUAUCGGAUGUGGUGGAUAAACUGCCCGAACGCGAGAAAGAAUACGACGAGCUGGUGACCUACGUUGAGAAUGUUUUGACCUCCGAUGGAUCAGGCAGCUUGUACAUAAGUGGUCCACCGGGAACGGGCAAAACGGCCACACUCCAGCGAAUACUAAAUCACCAGUCUUUUGUGAAGAAGUUGAAGCCUGUCUACAUCAACUGUACGUCGAUCAAAAGCGUUGGUAGCAUAUACAAGAAGAUCUCAGAAGAGCUAGACUUGAAGGUGAGCGGAAACACGGAGAAAGCGAACCAGGCUGCGAUUGAGGCGUACCUACAGCGAAAACACAAAACCAUCAUGCUGGUGCUAGACGAAAUCGAUCAACUGUCCAGCAGCAAGCAAACGAUCCUGUACAGCAUCUUCGAGUGGCCAGCACGACCAACAGCUCGGCUCAUCCUGAUCGGUAUUGCCAAUGCGCUUGAUCUCACCGAUCGCUUACUCGCCCGGUUGCAGGCCCGCUGUGAACUGAAACCUCAUAUCAUCCAGUUCCUACCAUACACGAAACAACAAAUUGUGGCCAUUCUGAAGUCCUGCCUGGAAGAAACCAACUCACUGGCGCGCUUCCCGGAAGCGGCCCUCGGUUUACUCGCUGCCAAGGUAGCUUCCACGUCGGGUGACAUACGACGAGCACUGUUCAUGGCACGGCGCUUGGUUGAGAGCGCAAAGAAAGAGGACCGUACAGCCAACUCAAACACCCCGACCGUGGUCAGCAUGGGACAGGUAAUGGCGGUCCUGAAACAAGUGUACGGUGCCUCGCAGACACUUGGUAACGAUCUCGAGGAAGGUUUCCCGCUGCAGCAGAAACUUCUCAUCUGUUCGUUGAUGUUGUUGUUGAAGCACGGCAAGAACAAAGACAUCACGGUAGGGAAGCUGCACAAUGUGUACACAACGAUCUGCAUCAAACGCAACAUACAGGCCGUCGAUCAGACGGAGUUUAUCGGCCUUUGUUCGUUGGUGGAGACGCGUGGUAUUGUGCGAUUGCAGGGCAAGAAGGAACCCCGGAUGAAUCGUGUGUGCUUGCAGUGGGACGAGGAAGAAGUCAGCUCAGCCCUUAACGAUAAACAGCUCAUUACGAGCAUCAUCAGUGAUGUUUCCUGUUUGGGAAAGUAGCAUUAG